GGUUCGCGGAUGAAAAAGAGCGGAAGGCACUUGGCCUGCCGAGGCCUCCGUAGCGAAGGGGCGGAGUCCUGAAGGGAGCAGGAUGGCGGCGCGGGGCAGUGACAGCGAUGAGGACUUUGUCAGCUAUGGGACGGGCCUGGAGCCCCUGGAAGAAGGUGAAAGACCAAAGAAACCCAUUCCUCUUCAGGAUCAGACUGUCAGAGAUGAAAAAGGAAGGUAUAAACGAUUUCAUGGAGCCUUUAGUGGGGGUUUCUCUGCUGGAUACUUCAACACUGUUGGCUCAAAAGAAGGAUGGACACCCUCUUCCUUCGUGUCUUCACGACAGAACAGAGCAGACAAAUCUGUUCUUGGUCCUGAAGAUUUUAUGGAUGAAGAGGAUCUUAGUGAAUUUGGGAUAGCACCUAAGGCAAUUGUUACCACAGAUGAUUUUGCUUCCAAAACCAAAGACAGAAUACGAGAAAAGGCCAGGCAGCUAGCAGCUGCUACUGCCCCCAUUCCUGGAGCUACUCUGCUUGAUGACCUCAUAACACCAGCCAAAUUAUCUGUUGGUUUUGAAUUGCUAAGAAAAAUGGGUUGGAAGGAAGGACAAGGAAUUGGCCCUCGAGUGAAGAGAAGACCACGCCGACAAAAACCUGAUCCUGGUGUGAAAAUCUACGGCUGUGCCUUACCCCCUGGAGGCUCUGAAGGAUCUGAGGACGAAGAUGAUGACUACCUCCCGGAAAAUGUGACCUUUGCUCCCAAAGAUGUCACACCUGUAGAUUUCACAUCUAAAGAUAACGUACAUGGACUGGCUUACAAAGGCCUAGACCCCCGCCAAGCAUUGUUUGGAACUUCAGGAGAACAUUUUAAUCUUUUCAGUGGGGCACAGGAGAGUGGCAGCAAUCUUCUUGGAGAAAUUGGAAUGAAUAAAGGACGAAAAUUGGGAAUUUCAGGCCAGGCUUUUGGUGUUGGUGCCCUGGAAGAGGAAGAUGAUGAUAUCUACGCCACAGAAACUCUAUCCAAGUAUGACACAGUUUUGAAGGAUGAAGAGCCUGGGGAUGGACUCUAUGGUUGGACGGCACCCAGGCAGUAUAAACGUCAGAAAGAAUCAGAGAAAGAUCUUCGAUACAUUGGCAAAAUUUUGGAUGGAUUUUCCUUGGCUUCUAAACCUUUAUCUUCCAAGAAAACUUAUCCACCACCUGAAUUGCCAAAAGACUACAGACCGGUGCAUUAUUUCAGACCUGUGGUGGCUGCAACCUCAGAGAACUCCCACUUGCUGCAGGUAUUAUCUGAGUCAUCUGGAAAGUCAACACAUGACCCAGGGACACAUAGUAGGCACCAGCUGAAUGCCUCCAAGCGGGGGGCAUUGCUAGGAGAAACACCUACUCAAGGUUCAGCUACUUCAGUGUUAGAGUUUCUGUCCCAAAAAGAUAAAGAAAGAAUCCAAGAAAUGAAGCAGGCCACUGACCUUAAAGCAGCUCAGCUCCAGGCCAGGACUCUGGCCCAGAAUGCCUCAAGCAGCAGACCCCAGGCCUCCUCUCCGGACAUGGCACACUGCUCUUGGCACAUGGCAUGGAGUGGAGGGACAGCCACUACAAGAGCCAGCACCUUCAAACCUUUUGCAAAAGAUCCAGAAAAGCAAAAACGAUACGAAGAGUUUGUAGUAAAUAUGAAACAGGGUCGGAAAGAUGCUCUGGAACGUUGUCUGGAUCCCGGUAUGACAGAGUGGGAGCGUGGCCGUGAGCGGGAUGAGUUCACCCGGGCAGCCCUGCUCUAUGUGUCCUCCCACUCGACCUUGUCCUCCAGGUUCACUCAUGCCAAAGAGGAAGAUGAUUCGGACCAAGUGGAAGUCCCUCGAGACCAAGAGAAUGAUGUCAGUGACAAGCAGUCGGCUGUGAAGAUGAAGAUGUUUGGAAAGCUCACCCGAGACACAUUUGAGUGGCACCCUGACAAGCUUCUAUGUAAGAGGUUUAAUGUCCCUGACCCUUAUCCAGAUUCAACUUUAGUUGGCUUACCAAGAGUGAAACGUGACAAAUACUCAGUCUUCAACUUCUUAACACUCCCAGAGACAGCUUCCUUGCCUACAACUCAAGCAUCAAGUGAAAAAGUACCACAGCUGCGAGUUCCUGACAAAUCAAGAAAACCAUCCAGAUGGGAUACAUCUAAACAAGAAAAGAAAGAAGAUUCCAUUAGUGAAUUUUUAAGUUUGGCUAGAUCAAAAGUUGGUCCACCUAAACAAGAGUCUAGUCCAAUGGGAAACCGAGAGGAAGAGCAUGUGACAGAAUCACUCUCCCCCAAGAUGGUAAACAAAGGUGCGGAUUCACAGACUGAAGAAGAAGGGGGCCGCCCACCCAUGGACUUAUUCAAGGCCAUCUUUGCCAGCUCCUCCGAUGAGAAAUCCUCAUCCUCUGAGGAUGAGCAAGGCGACAGCGAGGAUGAUCAGGCGGGUACCGGGGAGGCUGACUCCAGAAGUUCCCAAGAGACUGACUUGGCAGCAGUGUCUACGGCACAGGCUGGUGAGCCAGCACGGCAGGAGCCCGUGCCUCCCUACCUGAUAAAAAAGAUGCAAAUAGAUGAGAGAGAAGAGUUCGGCCCGCAGCUGCCUCCUGUCUUCUGCCCCAAUGCUCGUCAGACACUCGAGGCACCUCAGAAAGAGAAACAUAGAAAGAACAAAGAAAAACACAAGACCAAGAAAGAGCACAGACGGAGGAAAGAGAAGAAAAAGAAACACCGGAAGCACAAACACAAAGGCAAGCAAAAGAGUAAAAAGUCAGAGAAAAGCAGUAGUUCUGAGAGCAGCAGCAGCAGCAGUGAUAGCCAGAGCGACGAGGAAGGAGCUGUGGACAUGUCACCCCAGGAACUGCUGAGACGACUGAAACGUCUUCCACUAAAGAAGCAGUAAUUGACUUCUUCCCUGGCCUGUCCCAGUAAUAGAUCUCUGUGAUGGAAGCUCGUUGAUUACUAAGUUAAUACGUUGUACAGAUUGUAUUUAUAUGUAAAUUCAUGCUGUAAAAUAAUUUUUAAAACCUUGACAUUUCAAAGGCUGCCUUGGAAGGUUGCAGAAAUUGGUUUCUAUUUUUAACUUCAGUUACUAUCAGGAAAAAAUUCAGAAUGUACAGUCUAAUUAAAAUGGAAUUUUUCUAUUUUA